UGUUUCUAGAUCCCGUCUACACAUUGAAGAAGCCAGCAUCUUAAAGGAGGCAACACUCGUUUUAUACAGAUCAGGUAUAGGUACUCAGGGGAAUUUUACGUACGCGCUAAAUAGUUCAUUUUCCAUACCUUCCUGGCUGUCCUGUGCAUUACAUUUAUCGUGCUUGUCUAAACUACUAUCUGUGCCAGUGCUGGUGUGAUGGCAAGACGGACCGUUCGGAUUUCGGCUCAUGAAACAUUUGUCAUACCAAAUGACCUCAAUGACGAACAGUUUGCUGAAAUAAAGAAAUCCUUCGAUGAGAUAGACGUGAAUCGCGAUGGAAGGUUAUCUAAACUGGAACUGACUAAGGCUUCAGCAGUCCUUGGUAUGAACCCAACAGAGAAGGAUAUCAAUGACAUGAUGAGGGAGGUGGACACCGACAAUGAUGGUUUCAUCAGUUUCAAAGAAUACGUAGCAAUAAUGAGAGAAAACUUCAAGGAAGUGGACUUCGAAAGAGAGCGAAUGUUAGCUGCGUUCAGAUGCAUAGACAAGGAUAACGACGGUUUUCUAACGUUACAGGAACUGAAAGCUGUACUCCUUCACAAAAACAAAGAUAUAACAAACGAAGAAAUAGAGGACUUUUUUAAAUACAUCGAUAAGGAUGGUGACGGGAAGAUAGAUUAUCAAGAAUUCAUCGAUUCCGAUUUAUGCAAUGUAGUAUUUUGAUCAUCGCACCAUCAAUGGAAUAUGUGAAAUCAGGAUUGCAACACUGAAGUAGCGCGAAUUGUCUCUGUAAAUCUCAGUUUUAUAUAUAUGGUAGAGAUAAGGAGUGUUAAGUUACGUUUGUGUUCCUUGUCAAUGACAACAUUUGCACAGAGUUUUUGCGACACCUUUUCCAAAGGAAUGAUUUUUAUCUACAAAUAUAUGUUGCUGUUAAAAAGUUUCCAACCCGUUUUUCACCUGAAAGAGUGACUUAUUACCUGUAUAUGAAGAUAAUCCUUUAACUGUGUCCAUUGAACAUUGUUUUAAUGCUUAGAUAUGUAGUUUACAUAUUAAUGUCCUUCCGUCAUCAUCUACAUGACGUAAAUUGUUUAAAUCUGACAUAUUUUCUCUAUGUGAAGCAAUGAAUUCAUGGUUUCUUUUUGGAAAUUUGAAUGUUAGAUAUGAAAUAAAUGAUGUUGCAAAUUC